AUGAAAGAGACUGGCAAGAGAGAACUAAUGGAUGUAGAGGGCAAUGGUCAAAGAGAGGAGAACAUCUUAGCUGGGUCUAUCAAAGGAAGCGAUUUGGAAUCUGGGUUAAAUGGGAAUGCGGAGAAAAGCAAGAGAGAGUAUCAGGGAUCUUCUUUUCAAGAUGAGAGAAGCUCAUUUCCCACUCUCGGAAAUGGUUCUCCUCCUUUGUCUUCAAUACUUGCUUGUGAUCUGAAGUUUAAUAGGUACAUUGGAGAAGCAAAUAUUUUUAUGAAAGAAGCUAAGGAAUGUUUAAAGCAGAAAAUAAUUGAUGAUGGUCUUGCAGAGAAAUGCACUGGUGCUGCUCGUGAUGCUGACAAGGUGUUCUUGGCUGCAAUAGCAAUGUUUAUGCACCUGAUGCACAGAGCUCGACUGCGUCCAAGGAAUAGUAGAGAGAAGAUGAAGUUACCGCAGCAAGCCAAAUGCUUGUACGAAGACUCACUUCAUAUGGACUCGGGAAAUGCUCUAUUACAAGAGGCAUUGUCAUCAUGCGUCUCUGAACUAAACUACUGUUACAGUUAA